AUGGCUUUUUCGUGGAGUUGUGCAGAAUGGAGAAUCUGGACUCAGCUGUUCUUCGUUUUUCAUUUCUUUUGCUAUAUCACAUUAAGCAAGAGCGUGUCUUUCAAUGAUGGUGCUGAUAGUGUUGAAUCUCAACUAGAAGCAUCUCUGUUGCUGCGAGCUCUCAAUUUACCUCAACACACAGAAUAUGAGAUUGUAUCUCCAUAUGAGGUCAACAACCAAGGCGUUUACAUCUCUCAUGAAGUCGCCCACCACCACCGGAGAAGAAGACGCUCUUUGACUUCAGACAGCAGCAGCAGCAGUAGUGAAACUGUCCACUUCCAGCUGAGCGGCUUGGGGCAGGACUUCCACGUGGAACUGAAGGAGGCCUCAGAAAUCCUGAUCGCACCUGGCUUCACCGUCCAGGUCCUGGGAAAGAAUGGCACCAAGAGCCUGAGGGCCUACCACCAGGACGACCUGUGCUUUUACCAGGGGUCACUGAGGUCAAGGGUCAACUCCUCUGUGGCACUGUCCACAUGCAUGGGGAUGUCAGGUUUGAUCAGAACACAGGAUGCAGACUACCUCCUCAGACCUGUGCCUCGCAGCCUUGCUGAGACCGAGAACUUCACAGCACCCUCCAGCCACCAGCCACACAUCCUCUACAAGAGCGAGAGGGGGUCCCCCAUGAGUCAUGAGCCCACAGUGCUUCAGAGGAGAUCCACAGAUUCAACUCAUCACGAAUCACAAGGACACUCGGUCUCCAAGAGAUCCACAAACUCUAAAACAGACACCAACUACAACACAGUUAAUGAAGAGCAGCAAAAGCAGCACCAUGGAAACAAUAACGACAACAGACACAGGGACCAGGUGGAGCAUCACCGCCACGGCCAUCAGCAUGACGAUGAGUACAGACACGGAGAGAGGCAGAGGCAACACUUCUGCGGGAGAAGGAAGAAAUACAUGCCCAAACCUCCAGAAGGGGAUGUCUUUACUCUUCCAGAUGAGUACAAAUUCAUCCCCAGGAACAAAAGAGCUGUGCUGAUGAAGAACCAGGCUGACCGGGGGCUCAACGUGGAGAUGCUGGUGGUGGUGGACAAAAAGAUGAUGGACAACCAUGGUCAUGAGAACAUCACCACAUACGUUCUUACUGUGCUUAAUAUGGUCUCCAGUCUUUUCAAAGAUGGCACCAUUGGAGGAAACAUCAACAUAGUGAUAGUGGGCCUCGUGCUUCUGGAUGAAGAGCAGGAUGGCUUAGUGAUCAACCACCAUGCAGACCACACACUGAACAGCUUCUGUCACUGGCAGUCUACGCUGGGAGGCAGGGAGGGCCGGCACCACGACCACGCCAUCCUCCUCACAGGGCUCGACAUCUGCUCAUGGAAGAAUGAACCCUGUGACACUCUCGGAUUUGCUCCAAUAAGUGGGAUGUGCAGCAAGUACCGGAGCUGUACCAUAAAUGAGGACACAGGCCUGGGUCUGGCAUUCACCAUUGCACAUGAAUCCGGACACAAUUUUGGAAUGGUCCACGACGGUGAAGGAAAUGUUUGUAAGAAAUCAGAGGGCAACAUCAUGUCGCCAACAUUAGCCGGGCACAAUGGCGUUUUCUCAUGGUCUGCCUGCAGCCGCCAGUACCUCAGCCGCUUCCUCAAUUCUGCCCAGGCUCUGUGUUUAUCAGAUGAACCCCGAGCAGUAAAGGAGUAUCAGUACCCCGAGAAGCUGCCCGGUGAGCUGUACGAUGCAGACACACAGUGUAAAUGGCAAUUUGGAGAGAAGGCAAAGCUCUGCACCCUCGACUUUAAGAAGGAUAUCUGCAAGGCUCUGUGGUGCCACCGUGUUGGGAGAAAGUGUGAGACCAAGUUCAUGCCAGCUGCUGAAGGCUCUGCCUGUGGACCUGAUAUGUGGUGUCGCAGGGGACAGUGCGUGAAACAGGGUGACGAAGGCCCGAGGCCCCUGCAUGGACACUGGUCAGAGUGGUCAUCCUGGUCUGUCUGCUCACGAAGCUGUGAGAGCGGAGUCACCUAUCGGGAGAGGCAGUGCAACAACCCCAGACCUGCAUUUGGAGGGAAGUUCUGUGACGGAUCCACCAGGUCGUACAAACUUUGUAACACUCAGGAUUGCCCCACCAACACUCCAGACUACAGAGCGCAGCAGUGUGCAGAGUUCAACAGCAAACAGUUCAGAGGAUGGUACUACACCUGGAGGCCCUACACCAGAGUGGAUGAUCAAGAUGUGUGUAAGCUGUACUGCUUUGCUGAAGGCUAUGAUUUCUUCUUUGCGCUGGCCAGCAAAGUAAAGGACGGGACACUCUGCUCACAGGACAGCUCUAACGUCUGUAUUGACGGACUGUGUGAGAGAGUGGGCUGUGACCGGGUGUUGGGCUCCUCAGCUGUGCCUGAUGCUUGUGGUGUGUGUAAAGGAGACAAUUCCACCUGCAAGAUCUACAAGGGACAGUAUGCAAAGCAGCAUUACACUAACCAGUAUUAUGGGGUGGUAACCAUCCCAGCUGGCGCUCGGAGUAUCCGAGUGAUGGAGCUGAAUACGUCCAGCUCCUACCUGGCUGUCAGGGACUCCCAGAGACGUUACCACUUGAACGGACAAUGGACGGUGGACUGGCCAGGCAGACACCCCAUUGCUGGAGCCAUUUUUGAGUACAAGAGACCGUACAACAGACCAGAGAGCCUCAUAUCAAGCGGCCCAACCAAUGAGACGCUGAUCAUAGAGAUAUUGUUGCAGGGCUGGAACCCAGGUGUACGUUGGGAAUACACUCUGAAAAAAGCAGAUGAGAAAAGAAAUCACAUCAAACACAAUUAUACAUGGGCCAUCGUACGCUCCCAGUGUUCAGCCACCUGUGCCAGAGGCCAGAUGAACACCAAGCCAGCAUGCUACAAAGACUUGAGAGUUCAAGUGAAUACUUCCUACUGUAAUCCCAAAACAAGACCAGCCACUGGAGUGAUGCCCUGCAACACCCAACCAUGUCCUGCCAGCUGGUCUGAAGGAGAGUGGGGGGCGUGCAGCCGGAGCUGUGGAGGAGGGGAGCAGACGCGGCAGGUCCAGUGCAUCCAGAGAACCAGCCAGACCAACGUAAACACCCGGGCUGACUCUGACUGUGUCCAGCCUGUCCCAGUCAGGAGGCAAGCCUGCAACGCACACAGCUGUCCACCAGUCUGGACCACUGGGCCGUGGUCUCAGUGUUCUCGAAAGUGUGGCAACGGCUUGAGGAAGAGGACGGUGUUGUGUACGAGCACCAACCCUGGUGCCCAGAAACAAACACUGCAAGACAGUGUGUGUGCCGGCCUGCAGAAACCUGCAAGUCAAGAAUCCUGUUUCAUCAAACGCUGCCAGAAACAACGCAAAGUCCAGUGGUUUGUCUCCACCUGGCAAGAGUGCUCAGUUACAUGUGGCCGUGGCUAUCAGGCACGCUUUAUCAAGUGUGCAGAGAAGGACGCCGCGGGAAAAUACAGAGAGCUCGCUGCCAAGAAGUGCCACCACGUCCCCAAACCUACAGUGGAGCUCCAGAGGUCCUGUGUCAUGGCAGAUUGCCCCAUUCGCACAACUCCAGCAGUCCACCGAUGGAGCACACAUCAUCGCACCUAUGCACCACAGCCUCUCCCUCAACCUCCAGCGCAGCCAGAGUGGCACUCCUCUCCUUGGUCUCAGUGCACGGUGACAUGUGGAGGAGGAGUGCAGGCCAGGACGGUCCAAUGUCUGAUCCAAGGGAGACCCUCUCCUGGCUGUUCCCUCCAUCUCAAACCUGCCAUGUCCCAGGCCUGCAACACCAACUUCUGCCCACAGCCUGAGAAGAAAGAUGCUGCCUGCAGGGAUUACUUCAACUGGUGCUACCUGGUGCCCCAGCAUGGAGUCUGCAACCACAAGUUCUAUGGCAAGCAGUGCUGCCAGUCCUGUUCUAAUUCAAACCUAUAAUCCUAAAGAGUGAGUCUGUCUGGGAUACAGACAGACCAGCAGUUAGAAAGACAUGUAAGAAGCUGGAGCUUGAAAGGACAGUGUUUUUGCUUUGAGCGUUUGGCGAGCACUGAAAACAAAAGACAUUUCAAUGGAAGUGCAAAAAAAAAGAGAGUUGCAGUGCCCUUUCUUCUCCCUGCGAUGCCGGACAUCUGGAUACAAGAACUUGAUGUUUACAGCACUACACAAGAAUGUGAUCAGGACAGUACAAAUACAGGAGAGACUUAUGAGGAGGAACGGGUAAAUUGGGAUUCUUGAUUAAAGCGAAGAGGACUGGCAAUUCCAAAAGAAACAGAAAACCUGAAAAAGCCCAGCUUUGUUUAUAUACUGUUUGUAUUUGAACAGAUCUGUACCCAGGACACCCAACAUCAACCAGUCAUCCAAAGACCAAAGAUGACAGGCUAAGAGAGAAAAACACUUGACGAGGUUUCCGGCACUGCUACGCUACAUCAUGUGACACGCCCUGCUCUGCAAGCUAAUUCUUAAUCAACUGGAAAUCCAGGGUGUGAUAACUGAGAAGGAUUUCAAAGGAACAAUAAAAAGACAUUAUUUUAAUCCAAGCCUUGAUACAAAACAGACCAGUAAUAAUCAAAGUGGGCUUCCUCAAUAGCUGGACAAUAACAGGAAGCUUUGCGCUGUUAUGUAAAAAAUAAAGAAUUUAAAAAAUGUAUCAAACAUGAGAGAACUUCUCUGAGACGGGUCAAGGCUGUAUGAACUGUCAUACUAAUCGGUGCUAUAACAUUGUGUCACAUUAAAAGUGUGAAAUUCACAAGUUUCAGGAAGGAUAAAUGAAUAGUGUGACCUGUGUACAGUAUUGUAUGUUUUAUUUAUUGGCUUUACGAUACAGCGUUGCUGGAAGACUGUAUUAAUGAGCAGUACAGCUGUGUCCUUUGUUAUGCUACCCUAAGCUCGAUACCUUUAUAUUUUGUACUAUGUGUCUUUGAUUUCAUGCUGACAAAAUUCACCUUUUUUUAUUCAAACAUGUAUUUUAAGACUGAAGAAAGAAAAUCUGUGAUGUCAAAAGCCCAUUUUAGCAAUACCAAUAUUGAUUGAUCAGCCAAUAACAAAUAAGGAUUAUAAGCAUACUGUUUGAGGCUGAAGAGUCAGUGCUUCAUUUCUACAUCACCUUGUCCUACCAAGUCACGUGUUUCAAGCAUUGUGGUGCCACAGUAACACAGCACAGAACUGGUGAUGGUUUCAAAGCAAUCAGAGAUGAUGGUUGAUGUUGUUUUAUUGCAAUUAUUUGAGUGUAUGUGAAAAAAAACAAUAAAGAACUGUGAGUCAUGUCAGCAACUGAGUGGCAUGUAUCUCAUCAUCUUCUUCCA